CUUUUUUUUCUCUGACCGUCCCCUCCCAGCAAAGCACAGGCUCCAUUUUGUUAAAUUCCGGAGUUUGCGGUCAUCGUCGACAGCCAGCACUGUAGCAUCGUCUGAAACCACUUGAAAGAUAUAACUACCAACGACAGCAGAAUGAGUGGUUGUCGAAUUUUCAUCGGCCGACUGAGCCCCUCGGCCCGGGAGAAGGACGUAGAGAGGUUCUUCAAAGGAUAUGGCCGCAUCCGAGACAUCGACUUAAAGAGAGGCUUCGGGUUUGUGGAAUUUGACGACCCCAGAGACGCUGAAGAUGCUGUGUAUGAGCUUGAUGGCAAAGAGCUGUGCAAUGAAAGGGUGACCAUCGAGCACGCUCGUGUUCGUCUGCGGGGCGGACGCGGCAGAGGAGGCGGUGGCGGAGGCAGCGGCGGUGGUGGAGGUGGCCGUUUCUCUGAUCGCUAUGGCAGAGGCUCUCAGAACAGUCGGAGUCGAAACCCUCCUCCGAUGCGCACUGAGAACCGCCUGAUUGUGGAGAACUUGUCGUCUCGUGUCAGUUGGCAGGACCUGAAAGAUUUCAUGAGACAAGCUGGAGAGGUGACUUUCGCAGACGCACAUCGACCCAAGCUCAACGAAGGGGUUGUUGAGUUUGCCUCUUACAGCGAUCUGAAAAACGCCCUUGAGAAAUUGUCUGGAAAGGAAAUCAAUGGCAGGAAAAUCAAGCUCAUCGAGGCAGCUAAGAAGAGGUCAAGAAGUCGUUCCCGGUCCGAAAGCUCUUCUCGCUCGCGCUCUCGUUCCCGCGGCCGCUCCCCAUCGCGUUCCCCCAGACGCUCCCGCAGCCCAGCGAAGGCUCACAACCGCUCCCGCUCUCGCAGCGGCUCCCCCGGUGGCGGCGCCUCCUCCCCCCCGAGAAGCAAAUCCAAGGAGCCCACCAAACGCUCCUCCAAGACCAGCAAGUCGGCCACGCCGCCCUCCCCCCCGGCUGCCCAGAGAGCCUCCAUGUCCCGUUCCCGCUCCCGUUCCCGCUCGCGCUCUCGUUCCCCUUCUACCGACAGCCAGCGCUAAAAGCUUAGGUUUUUAAUAGGAAUCAACUGUAGAAACAACUUGUUUCAUCAGUAGAAUCAAUGAGGAGGAGUUAGCACACCUGAGCUCCCAUAAACCCUCUGAAAGCUGAGAAGUUAUUUAGUUUUUUUUAUCCUAACUGUAUUUUUAUUUUGUUUUUUUAGUCACAACUACCAAAUGGCUAUGAAUUUGAUUGUAGGGCAUUUAAAUGAAAAGAGUAACAGGAGACACUAGUUGCACAGUGAAGCUGUUUGUGUCUUUUUCCAUCAUAACAUCAAGUAUGAACCCUUCUCCCAUGGCCACGAUUUGUAGAUAUUUAGGUUAUUUUUGACACAGUUUAUCCAUCCCCGUUUUUCACAAAAGACCAACCACCAUUUGUCAAAAAAACCCCAUCAAAAUGCGCAAGUGAACCAGCUUUUAGACUCACUGUUUUGAGGCUGUUAAGUUGUGAAGCUCUACACUUUGACAUAGUUUGAAGAAGGAAUCUGUAUUUUCUAACAGUAUCGGAAUGCUUUUGAUAAGUAGCGUGAUCAGUUUAUUUACCUUUUUGUGACGCUUUUGCUUGUUAGUGGAAGAAUUUUUCACAGUUAUGUCCUUAUGUCACUCAUGUUUUGACCUCUUCUUCCCUUUUUAUAACCUACUGCACCCACCACAGACAGCAUGUGAUCUCGGUUAACUUUAGUUUGAUCACAAUUUCAAAUCCGGUUUAUUAUUGGAAAUAUUUCAAGUUUUGCUUAAAGCUUAAAUACAAGCACCAUCAUGACUGGUAUUGGCAGCUGUGUACAAUAAUGCACAUUGAAACGUCUUUUCAUGGAUCUUAAUUUGCUUUAAUUGACUUGCAUUUUAUUUGUGGAGAGAUGCGUAACUGUCAAGGACAUGGUUAACUGUAAUCAACACUUAAAAAUGGUGUUGAUUACAUGAAGCGGUUUAUUUUAGCAUUAUUAAAAUGUGUGUAUAUAUUUUUUGUUUUGUUUUGGUUUUGGGGUUUGUGUACAGCAUUAUAGACUUUUAAGUGUUGAUACUGUGACUGUUCUGUGGUUUAAAUGGAAAAGUAGAGAAGUUUAGAAAAAUCAAACAUUUUGUACAUAAGGGUUUUAUUUUCAGUGAGAAAAAAAUGGACGUUUGUAUGGUGCAGUAAUACAAGUGACUUACAAUAAAAUGGUUAACAAAAUCA